AUGGCACCCCCUGCGUCCAAAGUUCUUCUUCCCUUAUAUAUAUAUCCUGAUCCUGGAAAGUGGGACCCGUUGUUUAAGGCCAUCGAAUAUUACCCAAGCCUUGACUUCAUCAUUAUCGUGAAUCCAAAUAGUGGGCCAGGAUCCGAUCCUUGGUGGCCCAAUGCGGAUUAUGUUCGUGAGAUUCCAAAGUUGAACGCGUUUCCCAAUGUACUCACGAUCGGAUACGUGGCCACAACGUAUUGCAAGCGGAAUAUCGAGCAUGUGCUCCAGGACAUCGAAAAAUAUGCAGCGUGGGCCAGCGAUGAGAGGUUUCCGGGUUUAGGUGUGAGCGGAAUUUUCUUCGAUGAGACGCCGAAUCUGCACACUCAAGACGUCAAGUCGUACCUGGAUGCUGUUUCUACAAAGGUGAAAGAGACGCAGGGUAUCCUGGAUAAAAGAUUGGUUAUCCAUAAUCCUGGGACUACUGUUCAGCGUGCGCUUGCGGAGCCAGGACCAGAUGUCACCACAAGCGCAGAGGUUGCGUAUCGAGAUUUCAUGUCCAAAGAGUUCCAGGAUUGGCUAGCAUUAUCGCCCUAUGGUCGUGAGCAGACGAGCUAUAUGAUACAUUCCAUUGGUGACGAGGAUUUGGAGAAGGUCGUGCUAUCGAUGCGGGAAAGAGCUCGCUAUUUAUUUGUGACGGAUUUGAAGGUGGACUUCUAUCAUAAUUUCUCUACUUCUUGGGAUACUUUCGUCGCAGCUAUGGCUUCAGUGUCAGGAGCUAUGUGA